UGCUUGCCAAUUCUGAGGAUUGUAUUUCCUUGCUAGUCACACCCCUAUCCGGAAGAGAAACAGCAACGAAUUCGUGAGAAACUUUGUCAGAUCGACAUCAAGAAGCUACCGCAGGAGAUCAUCACUUUUUCAUACUCAUAUUCAGGACACAACAUGUGGCCUAACCAAGGUCCCCCUGGCCAGAACCCGGCCUUCCCCCCAGGCUACAACCCUGCAUUCCCUUCUGGUCCAAACCCAGCACACCCUCAAGGCCAGAACCCCAUGUACGCACCUGGCACAAACCCGGCUUAUCCCCCCGGUAUGGCCCCUGGUAUGGCCCCCGGUAUGCCCCCUGGUAUGGCCCCCGGUAUGCCCCCUGGUAUGGCCCCCGGUAUGGCCCCCUGUAUGAAUCCAGCCAUGCCUCCAGGAUCCAUGCCUUACGGACAACACCCAGGAGGGCAAUACCCAGGAGGACAACACCCUUAUCCAGCUGGACCAGGUGCACCUGGUUACCCAGGAGUUCACCCAGGGCCCUACCCUGGUGGGGUCCAUCCAGGUGGAGUCUACCCCGGGGGCAUGCAUCCCGGCAUGGCUGGGGGUGUGGCGGGAUUCGGGAUGGGAGUCCCUGGACACAAGGCGCACAAAAAAAUGAAGAAGGCGAAGGGGAAGAAGGCGCACAAAGCCGACAAACACCUGAAGCAUCAUGGAGGCCACAGGAAGCACUCUUCAAGCAGUAGCAGCAGCAGCAGCGACGAGGAGUGAUGUCACCAACAACAUCCAACACAGUGUCAGAAAGACAUCCUUGAAUGAAAUGGGAAAAUGGCCUCUUCUUCUACCUAAAUUGCAAUGAGGUUGAAGGAAUGUGUUGGGAUGGGGGGGGGGGGGGACUAUUAUUAAGAAUGAAAAAUUGAUUGGAAAAUGAUUUGAAUAUUAAUUGUUUAACACUAACAAAAGUAUGUAUAAUGAACAGAAUUGUGCCUUCAUAGUCUUAACAUUUAGGGAUAGGCCUAUGAAUGUGUGCACAGUCAUGAGGAUAUGCAYUAUCAUGUAUAAUAUUAUGCCUUUACACUGAUGAGAAGUAAUAUUUCAAAUGGUUGAUUAUAUUUCCAACUAUAAAUAAUAUAUAGGCUAUAGCUGAGCGAGUGAGAGAGAUGUGUGGAAUUUCCCCAGUAAAAAAACAAAUAAAUAUUUAUUUUAAUACUGGAA